UUUAGAUGACCCUAGAGCACAGCGAGGGCAUUGAUCAAAGACUAAGGAGGUACCCCCCAAGCCCUGAGGCAGUCUAUCCGGCAAAGGGCCUGGGGUCAGCUCUACUCAACCAGUCAGUGGCUGACAUGGGAAUUUUCUUCACUCCUGUGGACACCCAGGUAAACAGCACAGAUGAAGAGCAAACACUGAAACACUGAAAUCUAGAGGCUGGGCUAAGGCCACACGUCCAGGGAGGGACAGAGAGAAGAACAAACCACUCUCUCACUUAAUAAGCAUUUACUGAGUCUCCUUCUGAGCUAGGCUCUGAGGUAAAUAACUCUGGGGACACAACAGAGACCAACACAACCCCAGGCCUGGCCUCACCGGGUUUUUAGUCCAGUAGGGGUAGACAGACCCACCUUCAGGCAGUGACAGCCCAGGGUAAUCAGGGCUGUGAUGGGUAAGCUCAGGGGAGUAUCUGGGCAACCUUGGGGAAAGCCCAGAGACUGAAGGAGGCCAGAGGAGACAUUUGGUGAUCAAGAGGGCUUCCCAGAGAAUUCCCAAGAAUAACCAAGUAAAUAUUGAGAAGAGCAUUCAAAGCCAAGGGCAUGUGCACAAACAGACUGGGGAAUGGGGAGACAAGGAUGGGCGGGGGCAGAUGAUGCAGUCCUAGGUGCCACACUGCAGGGCUUCAACUCUGUCCAAGGUCACUAGGGAGUCAGGAAGGUUUGAAGUAGGGAAGGGACAGAGUCAGGUAAGACUUAAGAGUCCCCUGGUUGUCACAUGGUGGGUGGACUAGGGGAAAAAACCACCAGAAGACUGAGUGGAAGGGCCAUGGAGCUGAGAGCCUGAAUAUGAGGGAGACAUUCAGGGUGAGACCCAGGGCUCUGGGUGAGAGGGGACAUGGGACCAACUCUUAAGAUGGGGAUCUGGCCGGAAAUGCAGUUUGGAGGAGAUACUGAAGCCAGUGUGGGACCGGGUGGGUGUGAAGGUCCCAGGGGACGUCCAGGGAGAGGUGUCCAGCACACUGAGGAGCCUACGUGUGGGGCAAAGAAGAGAGACUGGGGCAGAGACGAACAGGAAACUGCCCGUGGGGCUGAGAUGAGAAGCAUGGGAAGACAGCCAAAGACAGGGAUGGUGAAAGGCUGGGCAUUCCAAACAGCAAGGCAGUAACAUUAGGGAACAGCCACAGCUCUAGGGUGGAAAUUGCAGUCUUUUCUACGGCGUCGCCUCAGGGCCGUAAGAGUGGCUCUCAGAGGCGAGACGCUACUGUGCGCAAGCGCAAAGAUGGCUGGCGAUCACUGAUGCGCAUGCGCCUGGAAUUGCCGCCUAGACCUCCGAAACUUCAGCGUGGGGUCACGUGGCAGUCACGUGGUGGUCACUGUCGGAGCCCAACGGUAGGUGCAAAGCUGCGGGGACUGGGUCCCCAGCUGGCCACCAGGCCCCGCCCCCAGCCCACAGAACCCCGCCCCCAUUCUCCCUUUCCACCCCUCCUGUGCCCACAGACCCCACCCGUUUCUCAGCCUCGGUCUCAGUUCUGCACACCUUUUCCCCAGCCCACAGAUACCGUCUUCAGGACUCCUUCUUUCUUCCAUCCCUUCUAAUCCAUAGACCCCAUCCUAGUACACAAACACUUCCCUGAAGCUCAGUCCAUGCCCCCAGCCCUCAGACCCUUUCCCAGCCUGCAGACCCUGCCCUCAGGCUGUCCGCCUUCCUUGGACACUCCUGUCUCACAGCCUGUAGACUGCGCCUCCCUCUCAGGUCCUAACCCUCAGAGCCCUCUUCCUCCAGCCCUAUGUGGUCUUCAGACUCUCUUCCCAAGCCCCUGACUCCUAUCCUCAUAGCCCUUACUACUCCUCUACCACAGAGCAGAUUUCCUUAGCUUCUUCUCACUUCCAGACUCCCUUGGACUCCUGACCUUCUGGUCUGAAGCUCUCCCACGUCCCACCCUAUUUCUCAUUCAGACGCCUCUCUCCGAGUCACACCCCUCUCAAAUCACCUUUCUUUCUCAGGCUGCCCUGCAAGACUCACAGCCAGCUCUGUCUUUAUUGCUCCCAGGGAUCUAGUCCUUCAUGUCCUCCUGCCCUCAUGAGACCUGCUCACUGAUCCCUGGCCAGGAGCUGACAGAGUCCACAGAUGCCCUCACUGCGUUCUCGACUCCCUGUGGAGCUGGGCUCUGUUCCGGAUCCAGAAAGCCAGGUGGGCCGUCUGCAUCGCCUGGCUGUGGCUGGGGGCCCAAGCUGGGGCCUCACCCGACUCCUGCGGAGAGUUGUCCAGGUAGAUGGCGAGAACUCGGCUGGGCAGACGGCGCUCUUCCUCUCGGCGCUGCUGGGCCACAGCUCGGCUGUGCAGCUCCUGCUGGCCUCUGGUGCCAACCCCAACCACCGCUGCCUGGACGGCAGCACGCCUGUGCACGCGGGCGCCUUCUCGGGCCGUAGCGUCGUGCUCCUACACCUGCUGCAGGCGGGCGGCGACCUGCGUCUGCGUGACCAGCAGGGGCACAGCCCUUGGGACUGGGCAGAACAAGGUGGUGCCAAGCAGAGCUGGGAGAUGCUGGAACUGUUACAGCUGUGCCGGGCCCACAUGUCAGCCCUGGUGCACGGCAGUGAGUUGGCGCCCGCUGUCUCCCUGGGCCAGUGGCAGGCUAGCUCUGGACACAGCCUGUGUGGUGGUCUGCGGCUGGUGCAGGCGAACAGGGCAUGGAGGCCGGAGCAGACCAGGAGACCCCCCCGUGUCCCUGCCUUAGGGUUCGGCCAGCUGAGCAGCCUGUGGCCACUGGGGCUGGUAACAGGCGUACCUGUUGUGGACCCCAAGGAGCUGCUGCCAGCACAGGGCGAGCCCGACCGCACCUACAGGAGCAGCUCCCACACCCUCAUGGCCAACCUCCUGUGGAGGGGCCACCCUGUGACUGUGCGGCAGCUGAAGGUGCCAGGAGCCCAGGCUGAUGUGCUGUUGGCUGACCUUCAACACUGCAGGUGGGUCCCUCCAGCCAGCCCCCCAGGCCCACCAUCUUCUACCCGCCCUGCCCAACUUGAGUGUUUUGGAAAUAGAUGCCCAGAGAAUGUGGUGGUGGCCGUGGUUACAGCCUUCACCCCUGGGCCAGCAUUUGGCAUGGAGCCCUCCUACUGGAGUGACCCAGCUUACCACAGGAAAGUGGGCGCCCAGUUUUGUAGGCCUCGGAGAGGAGUGGGUGUUGGGAGGGUACCAAGGACAGUGGUGCUGGCCCCACCACUGCCAGGCUGUGUGACCUGGGGUCACCGUUUCUCCUCUGUCUGGUGGCUGAGGCAGAUGGUCAGCUCCGGGCCAGGUGGGCUAGGGCCUCCUCACAAGUGGCCUGCUCUUCUGCCCAGCGCCCUGCACCACCCCAGCCUGCUGCUGCUGAUGGCACUGAGCCCCUCCGAGGACCUAUCGGGGCUGUGCCUUCUCUUCGAACCCGUGUGGCUGGGCUCCCUUCAUGUGGUGCUACACCCCCGGGGCCCACGAGAAGGGAGACCCCCCCACCUCGUGCCAGGCCUGCUGCCGGGCCACCUGCUGCUGCAGGUACUGGAGGCCCUGCUGUUCCUGCAAGCCCGCUGGCGUGCUCACGGUGGCCUCAGCUCCCAUGCUGUGCAGCUGGUGCGGCCAGGCCUGGCAAAGGUGGGCAGCCUGGAGCAUGGGCGCCCGCUGCAGCAACGCUGGCUGCAGCCCAAGCCGCGGCAGGGUUACCCCUGGGGAGGCCCAGGCCCAGGGCUGCCCCCACCUCCUGAACUGUACCCAUGGCUGCCGCUGGAGCUCAUCCAUGGUGACAUGCCUGCAGCCACCUCAGACCUCUACAGCUUCUGCAUCCUGGCCCAGGAGGUCUUCACGGGAGAGCUGCCCUGGGCUGGAAAAAAAGGAGCUGAAGUGAAGGCUAAACUAGAGGCGGGUGAGAGCCCGGCCCUGGACCCCCUGGUGCCAGCCCCCUACCAGGCCCUGGUUCGGGCUGGGCUGGGCCUAGGGCCUGCCGACCGCUGCGGCAGCCUGCAGAGUACACGAUACCUGCUGCGGGAGGCCGUGGCUCAGGUACAGGACAGGCGGGUCAGGGGAGGGUGGCGGCCAGGGAACCUCAGGCAGGGCGUGUGUCCCACACCCACUUUACUCCUGCAGUCUUUACUCCUCCCCACAGGACUCGGCCUCUGAGGUGAGCUCCCCGAGGGACUGGGCCACACAGUGCCCUCCACCGCAGGGUUCUCCCCCAGGUUAGAGGGCCCAGAAGGGAUGGGAGCCGGCGCUGAGCAGAGCUCAGCUGUGCCCCCGCCCCAUUUCCCACUGGCUGGUCUGCAAGCCCAGACACUGUACUGUGAGCUGGCUCCCAGAGCCAAGACUGCACCUGGGCCUGUGGCCCGCUGUGAUGUCCCUAGGCCCCUCCCCAUCCUAGGCAGGAGCCAGGACAGGCACGUGGAGGACCGAGGGAGCUGUGGGCCACCCAUGCCAGCCCUCUGCCGUCGCUCUCUGCAGGUCAUGGGCCACAGCAGAGUCCAGAGGGGUGCCACCUGGGACUCAGGCAGCAGCUUGACUCUAGGCAGCAGCCCAAGUCCCCGCCCUGGCGUCUGCCCAGGGCACAGCCCCACAGCCAGGGUCAGCCUGGACCAGAGCCUGGAGCCCAGAUCAACAGUAUGGAUACCCCAAGUCCUGCGCCAUUGUCCAUUUGCUUACCCAUGACCCUUCCCCCCAGCUGUCACCAACCCCAAUUUCCCUGGCUGCCUCUCCUCUGACCAGGGACCACCUGGGACCCACAGUGUUCCCCUCGCUGACCGGUUACCCCCUCCCCACCCCCAUUCCCGACCAACCCUGCUUCCCCCAGGGCCCUGCCCUGCACGCCAGCCUUCAGGACUCAGCCUCCCUGCUGGGGACUCAGAGCUCUGAGGAGCAGUUUGAGAGGAAGUUCUCAGCCAAGAUCCAAGCCCUGCGGGGGCUGCGGCGGCACACACACAGGGCUGCCCUGCUGGAUCCCCAGCCUUGGGAGCCCAGCCCCUGCCUGCUGACCCACAGGGAGGCUUCCCAUGCCCUGGCGGCUGCUGGCAGGGAAGGCCACGAGGGCAGGUACCCAGCCCUGAGCUGAUCAGAGGAAGUCGCUUCUCCAGCCUGCAAAAGAUGGAUCUGCUGGAGGAGAUCAUAGCAGAGCUGCAAGGUGGAUGCCAACUUGAAGACGGGCCCAGGCUCAAUCCCACUCCUGACACACAUUGUUAGGGCACCCGUGGCCCCUUCUGUGCAGAUGUCGCCCCUCAGAGCCUCCC